AUGGCGUCCGACGAGAUUAUCUGGCAAAUUAUCAACCAGCAGUUCUGCAGUUUCAAGCUCUCUACGGACAAGAAGCAGACGUUCUGCAGAAACGAGUACAAUGUCACCGGUCUCUGCAAUCGACAGUCGUGCCCAUUGGCCAACUCCCGUUAUGCCACCGUCCGCCGCUCUCCUAACAAGGACACGCUGUACCUGUACAUGAAGACGAUCGAGCGAGCCCAUCUCCCGUCGAAACUAUGGGAGCGCAUCAAGUUGCCAAACAACUACCAGCAGGCCCUCGAGAAGCUUGACGAGAAGCUCAUCUACUGGCCCAAGUUCCUCGUCCACAAGUGCAAGCAGCGUCUCACGCGCCUGACGCAGGUCAACAUCCGCAUGCGGAGGAUAGCGGCCGAAGAGGAGCGCAUGGGUGAGAAGCUGGUCCCUAAGCUGGCUCCUAAGAUCAGACGUCGUGAGGAGGCAAGAGAGCGCAAGGCGGAGGCUGCCGCCAAGCUGGAGCGAACCAUCGAGCGCGAGCUUGUCGAAAGAUUACGGUCCGGCGCCUACGGUGACCAACCCCUCAACGUCAGCGAGUCGAUCUGGAAGAGAGUCCUCAACGCCAUGGAGAAGGAAGGCGAGGGCAAGCGUGAUAAGGACCUGGACGAGGGCAUCGAGUCGGAAGAGGAUGAGGAAGCCGAGGAUGAGUCCGAGGAUGACCUCGAGAAGGAGGUCGAGUACGUCUCUGACAUCGAGGAGAGCGACGAGGAGCUCGAGGACAUUGAGGACUGGCUUGAGAGUGAGGAGGACGAUGAUGAGGAGGAAGGCGACGAUGACGAAGACUCGGAAGACAGCGACGAGGAGGCGGACCGCAAGGCGGGAGACAAGCGAAAGCGUGGCCGUGCGGUCAAGAUGAACCAGAAGAGGCUCAAGCAGAAGCAGGAGGAGCGGCCCAAGAUUGCCGAGGAGUUGACUUGGUAG